CUGGACAGCACUGGCAGGAAAGUGAAACCUGUGUCGUCUUGUUUUGCUCUAGCUUUGGUACAAACUAACUCUUGGAUCUUUAUGUGAGGGACAACUCGUGAGGGGAUAUAUGAGUUUGCAGUUGUUCUACUUGACUUCGGCAGGAGAUGGCACUGCUGGGCCACAAGGCUGAGCCAGUCGGUAAUGAAAGCUUGGACAAAUGGGAGUCAGUUGGCUGUGGGGGAUUCGGUCAUGUCUACAGGGCCAGGCAUAAGGACUGGGGGUUUGAUGUGGCCAUUAAGAUACUUCGUGAUGGUGCUCGCCCCCUCGUGCCUACAGAGAGAGCACUGUGUGAAGAGGCUGGUCACAUGGAAAAGGCCUCCUGUGAGUUUGUGCUGCGGGUUUAUGGAAUUUAUCAGGGAUGUCCGCCAGUCGCGGGAGCACCCAUGCAACAGGGAAUAGUGAUGGAGUUCAUGGGAAAAGGAUCUGUUCAGUCCCUGAUGAAUGACCUGUCCGGCCCUCCACAGUGGCCCCUGGCCUUCCGCUUGGCCCAUCAAGUGGCUCUCGGCAUGAACUUCCUCCAUUCUAGGAACCUUAUGCACCACGACCUAAAGCCAAGUAAUGUACUGCUGAAUGACGACCUUAACGCCAAGCUAGCAGACUUUGGUCUGUCCAGGGUCUCCAGCAGCGCUUUGAACAGCAACAGAGAAAUAAAAGGACAGACCGGAGGCUCAUACAAGUACAUGCCUCCCGAGGCUUUUGAGGCAUCAUACGAACCUGUCCGUGCUUUUGACAGAUACAGCUACGGAAUCCUGCUUUGGUCCAUUCUUACUGGUAAAGAGCCCUAUCCAGCGGCUGAUUACAGUCUUGUGGCACUGAGAAUCCCCCUGGGGGACAGACCUUCCAGUGAGGACAUUGACCAGAUGAAGGAAGAGGGGUUGAAAGAGCUGGUCGACCUCAUGAAGAGGUGCUGGGACGAGAAUCCCUGCGAGAGGCCCACCUUUAAAAAGUGCCUUGAAGUUACAGAGAAAGUGCUCUCAACGCACAAGAAGGGAAUUCCUGAUGCGGUCCAUCACGCCUUGACAAGACUGGAGUCACCAACCAGUAAUCAACAUUCAAAAAAAAGUGUGGCAUUCAAGCCUCCUCUUCAGACACCAGAACAGCUGAAGUCAACCGAUGUGAUGGAUUUCGCCAGUCUGAGGUCUUCACUACCGGAUUCUACUAGAAAACUGAGUGAUACAGAUAAAGCAAAGUUCGUCGAUGACAACAGGGCAGAGUUAAUUCAAAGCGUUUCCGAGGUCAUGGCAAUAGCAGAGGAGCUUGGAGACAUGGUCCACGGUGAAACCUACUCAGUGAUGGAAGCUAAAGCCACGAGCCAGGAGAGAAUGAGAACGCUUUAUCUGAGGACAUUUCGUCCAGGAGGGGUGACGGUCAAGGCAGCGUUCUACGACGCCCUCAGAAUACAUCAGCCCAAACUAGUGGAGAGGCUCGGUGGCUGAUCAUGAAGCAACUGGAGAAAUGGACCCUGCAUCUCCCCCUACUCUUUGAUCUUUUCUAAAAACUGUAUAUAUUUUUUCAAUUUGUAUAUAUGUGAUUUCAUAGCAUUUGACAACAGUGUUUUUUUGUAGUCAAGAAUUUUUUUUU